UUCUCCAACGAAAUUAGCACUUAAAAACAACAAACUGCAGAGGCUGACUGACAAAACCAGCUUGACAGCAAAGUACUGCGAAGAGAUAUAGAAGUAAUGCAAAAAGUUUGCCUUUUUAACGCAAGGAAGAGCCGAAGGAGGAGGUAGCAAAGUCGCACAAUUAUUCCGUCACGGGUGAAAAUAGAAAAAUCAGGUGCCGGAGACUACCGAACGUGUGCUCGCUUCCUUCAGCCGUCGUCGUCCUCGUCUCCUCGAUGAUAAGAAGGGGAGGUGGAUCACUCGAACCUAAUAAGUGAGCUUCCAGGCCGGGGAGAGGGACUGGCCGGCGGACCGCCGAUGGAAAACUUUGGAGGCUCCUAACUUCCAAGAUACCAACUAGCUCCCAGCCUCCCACCGUCUUCUUUCCACCCUUGGCUGAUGCUAGGGAGAUGGGAUUUUUGGAGCUCUAAGACAAAUAGUUCUGCUCCUUGCGCCCUGCGUGUUCUUGAUCUGGCCUCUAAGUUUGUUGGCUGUUUUCUCGUGUUUGAGGUGAUAUCUCGAUUCUAAAAAGCUACCAGAUUUCUUCUCCCUGUUUGUAUGGACAAAUUUGGGAAUGAACCCUAGUCUGUGUGCAAAGCAGCCAAAUUGGUGUUCUUGCGGAUCAAAGCUAAAGCUGCAGCAGUUGGUGAGGAUACAAGAGAUGCAGGGAGAAACAAGAGAAGGGCUUGUUAGAUUCUGCAGAGACACUCUUAUUGGUUGAUAUUUUUUCCAUCAACUCCGGCCAGAUUUGCGGAACCUCGCAAUUUUAGGAGCCAUUUGAUCUUGGACAUGGAGAAGCAACCCAGCGUGCGACAUGGUGCCCUAGAGAAACUGAAGAGCUUCCGGGGGAUGGAGAAGCAGAGAAGCUUCAAGUUCUUGUCCAUGGAGAAGCAGCAGAGCUUCAAAAGGAACAAGGACAGCCCUGGGAAGCGGGGUGACACCGCGCUCCACCUCGCGGCGAGAGCUGGCAGUGUCGCACAUGUUCAGAAGAUCCUUGCGGAGUGUGAUCCAGAACUGGUGGUGGAGUUAGCUGGCCGCACGAAUCAAGACGGCGAGACUGCGUUGUAUGUGUCUGCUGAGAAAGGGCAUGUUGAGGUUGUGUGUGAGAUUUUGAAGGCUUCGGAUGUGCAGUCAGCCGGGAUCAAGGCCAGUAACAGCUUCGAUGCAUUCCAUAUUGCGGCAAAGCAGGGCCAUUUGGAUGUCUUGAAGGAGCUGUUACAGGCCUUUCCCUCAUUAGCAAUGACAACAAAUUCUGUAAAUGCCACAGCUUUGGACACUGCUGCAACUCAGGGCCACGUUGACAUUGUUAAUCUUCUGCUAGAAACAGAUGCAAGCCUUGCUAGGAUUGCAAGAAAUAAUGGCAAGACAGUUUUGCAUUCAGCAGCAAGAAUGGGCCAUGUGGAGGUGGUCACUGCACUGUUAAAUAAGGACCCGGGGAUUGGGUUUAGAACAGAUAAGAAGGGACAAACAGCUCUACACAUGGCUUCGAAAGGCCAAAAUGCAGAAAUUCUGCUUGAGUUGUUGAAGCCUGAUAUCUCAGUUAUCCAUGUGGAGGACAGCAAGGGGAAUAGACCAUUGCAUGUUGCAACUCGGAAGGGAAACACCAUUAUGGUUCAGACCCUAAUAUCAGUUGAGGGGAUUGAAAUCAAUGCGGUUAAUAGAGCUGGAGAGACUGCUUUUGCUAUUGCAGAUAAACAAGGUAAUGAAGAGCUCGUCAACAUCCUGAGAGAGGUCGGUGGAGGAACUGCAAAAGAGCAAGUAAAUCCUCCUAAUCCAGCAAAGCAGCUUAAGCAGACAGUCAGCGAUAUCAGGCAUGAUGUUCAAUCACAGAUGAAGCAAACACGCCAGACCAAGAUGCAAUUCCAAAAAAUCAAGAAGAGGAUUCAGAAGCUCCACAUUGGUGGGCUAAACAAUGCCAUCAACUCCAACACUGUUGUUGCGGUGCUUAUUGCCACCGUUGCCUUUGCUGCCAUAUUCCAACUCCCCGGUAAUUUUCUGGAGGACAUGACUCAAGCACCUGACCCAGACAUGACCUUGGGGCAAGCAUUGAUAGCCAGUGAUCCAGCCUUUAUAAUCUUCUUGGUUUUCGAUGCUUUGGCUCUCUUUAUCUCGCUUGCUGUCGUAGUAGUCCAGACAUCUCUAAUUGUUGUUGAACAGAAGGCCAAGAAGAAGAUGGUCUUUGUGAUAAACAAGUUGAUGUGGCUCGCAUGCCUCUGCAUCUCGGCAGCCUUCAUAGCGCUAACCUACGUUGUCGUGGGUCGAGACGACGAGUGGCUGGCCUGGUGUACUAUGGCAAUUGGCACUGUUACCAUGGUGGCCACUGUCGGUUCCAUGUGCUACUGCGUUGUCGCUCACAGGAUGGAAGAGAAGAGCUUGAGGAAGAUCAGGAGGACCUCCAUGAGCCAGUCAUGGUCCAUAUCAAUUGACUCGGAAGCAGAGCUGAUGAACAGUGAGUACAAGAAGAUGUAUGCCCUUUAGGAUGAUGUCUGUUCUUGUCGGCUGAGUCUUGUAUAUAUUGGUACCCAUUUGCCUGAGACCAGUCCAUGGCAUUGAGUGGGAUUGACUCAAUCAGAACUAUAUUUAGUCCUAGAACAUGGCACCUGUAUGUAACUGUAGUCUUGCAGCCUCCAGACAUGAACAUAGGGGUGAAGUCUAGGUGAUAGGUGUAGUCACUUUUUUUGUUGGCAAAAUACAAAUAUUGCCAAGCAUGAUGUCCCUAUAUCAUGUUUUGUGUGGGUGUGGAUGGCAGUGAAAAAUGAAAAUCAUUAGAUUGUAUCUGUAUGGUAGAAUAGUAUGGAAUAAGUUGUCUUUAUGUCAAAAUUUGUGUGGUCGUGGAUGCUCU